AUGGCGGGUUUCAAAAUUGUUGCAUUAAUAGCUUCAGUGACGGCCCAAAUUGGAGCUUUUACUGCCCUUCUUUUGCAACUAUAUGGCCUUAUUCUCUUGUGGAAAAUUCACGAGAAACAAAAGAAGAAUACGAUGUUGAUAGCGCUUCAAAAUUGGCGCAGUUAUUUCUUGAGAAAGCUAAAGGUACUAAGGCAACGAAGGUUAAGACAACGUAAUAGAAGUUGUUGGUUUAAACCUGGCAGAUCAGAUCAAUGGUGGAUAAAGAUGAUAAAUGGCGAAGCACCUGAUGAAUUCUGGAUGAAGAAUUUCCGCAUGACCAAAGAAUCGUUUCUAGAACUUGAGACUGAGCUUAAACCUUACAUUUCACCCGAUCCCAGUUCACCUAACCACAGAGCACUAGAUAGUGCAAAGAAACUGGCUGUUACAUUGUACUAUUUGAAAGACACUGGCUCCCUCAUUAUGACAGCAAAUGCUUUCGGUAUAGCUGUCUGUACAGUUUCUGGUGUUGUAGUUGAGGUUUCCAAUGUGAUUUCAAAAGUACCUGGGCCGAAGUAUUUGCACUUACCUGUAGAUGAGAAUGAAAUGAGGAAAAAGGUCUGUGAGUUCGAGACAAAAUUUGGCAUUGUACAGGCCUUUGGAUGCAUAGAUGGAACACAUGUUCCUAUCCUUCGACCACUAAAGGAUCCACAAGAUUACUUUUGCUACAAAAUGUUCUAUUCAUUAAAUGUACAGGCUGUGUGUGAUUAUAGAGGCAUAUUUAUGGAUGUUGAAUGCAGGUGGCCAGGAAGUGUGCAUGAUGCAAAAGUUUUUGCAAAUUCCUCUAUUAAUCAGAAAUUAGUUUCUGGCCAAAUUCCAAUGAUACAACUGUCUGUUUUCCCAGGCUCAGAAAAAAUACCAAACUAUGUAAUUGGGGACCCUGCAUACCCAUUGACUCCAUUCUGCAUGAAGGAAUAUGCCACAUGUGCUUCAAAUGAAGAAGUAAUUUUUAAUACUCUUCUAAGAGCAGCUAGGAAUCCAAUAGAAUGUGCUUUUGGUCGACUGAAAGCAAGGUGGUCAGUUCUUACAAAAAAAGUUGACUUAAAGAUUGAAUCAAUUCCAGUUGUUGUAUAUGCAUGUUGUGUCUUGCACAAUUAUUGCGAAAUUAACAAAUCUUAUGUUGAUGAAGAUCUUCUUAAAUGCCAAAUGGAUUUGUAUAAAAAAAAUGAAGAUCAAAACCGACACCUUGUUGACCCAGUGUACUCAGGUGAUCGUAGUGAAGGUGGUGUGGUUCGCAAAACAAUAACAAACUACAUUCGGGAUAAUUUACCUGAUCAUCUGGUACUCUAA